GUUAUUAUGACGAUGAUGUUGGAUUAGGAUUUAGGAAAAAGAAAGCAAAAAUAAAGUAGCAACCGAAGAAGAAAGCAAAAGAAAACAGAAAAAAGGAACCUAAAAAGCAGGAAAAUGUUGAAAAGCAGAGAGUAAAAUUAAAAUAGGAAAACAGAGAUGGAGGAGAGUGAAUUGAGGCUGGUCAGUAUGCUGCAUAUUCUCAGAAACUGCCACCACCUUGUCCUUUUUUAUUAAGACCAAAUCAAUCCACACUCCCCCUCCAUUUUUGGAAUUGAACCACCCAAAAAAUAAUUAAAAAUAUCCAUUGCAACCCAACCCAACCACAACCUCUCCUCUUCUCUUUCAUUUUUAUUUAUUAACAUAUAUUUCAUAUUCACCACCACCCUGUUCUUCCUGUAAUGGCGGAGACCUUCCACGUUCCUUUUUCUUUUUACCCAUUUUUAUAUCCUUGAACCUUCUUUCCAUUUGCUUCCAUGUCCCUUUUUUAGCUCUUCUUCUUCUUCUUCUUCUUUCAUUUUUCUUUUCCAUUUUUCUUUAUUAUGUACUCAUUCUAGUAACUAGUAGUAUAAGUAUAAUCACUUCGCUUGUAGCUUUACAUGAUCGUUCUCUUGGGAGAGUGAAGGGCUGGUCUUAGCUCAGAGUCACCUUCUUCAGAAGUUCAGUCACAGACGAGAAUGGCAAAGGAGUACAGUGGAUCACCCAAACAUCAUCAGCUUGAAUCCAAAAGGAAGCGUUUAACUUGGAUCUUUGGGGUCAGUGGCCUUUGCAUAUUGUUUUACGUUUUGGGAGCUUGGCAGAGUACCAGUCCUCCCACCAAUCGCGCUGAGGUCUACAAUAAAGUUGGUUGUGACGUUGCAACCCCUACAGCAGCCAAUGCUAAUCCAUCAUCAUCAUCAUCAUCGGCACUCCUGGACUUCAAUAGCCAUCAUCAGAUUGAAAUCAACACUACUGAUGCAGUUGCCGAGUUUCCACCAUGUGAUAUGUCCUACAGUGAGUAUACUCCUUGCCAACAUCCAGAGAGAGGAAGGAAAUUUGAUAGGAACAUGUUGAAAUACAGAGAAAGGCAUUGCCCAACAAAGGAAGAAUUGCUCCUUUGCCUAAUACCUGCCCCUCCAAAAUAUAAAACCCCUUUCAAAUGGCCUCAGAGCCGUGAUUAUGCCUGGUAUGACAAUAUUCCUCACAGAGAACUCAGCAUUGAGAAGGCUGUGCAGAACUGGAUUCAAUUAGAGGGUGAUCGUUUCAGAUUCCCUGGGGGAGGCACCAUGUUCCCUCGUGGAGCUGACGCUUACAUAGAUGAUAUAAAUGAGCUUGUACCUCUUACUGGCGGAGCCAUCAGAACUGCAAUUGACACAGGCUGCGGAGUUGCAAGUUGGGGUGCCUAUCUAUUGAAGCGGGAUAUCCUAGCCAUGUCUUUUGCACCACGGGACACACAUGAAGCACAGGUCCAGUUUGCAUUGGAGAGGGGAGUUCCUGCUAUGAUUGGCAUCAUGGCUUCGCAAAGACUUCCUUAUCCAGCCAGGGCUUUUGACAUGGCUCAUUGUUCCCGUUGCUUGAUACCUUGGAAUAACUAUGAUGGUCUAUAUCUAAUUGAAGUGGACAGAGUCUUGAGGCCUGGUGGUUAUUGGAUUCUCUCUGGUCCUCCUAUUAAUUGGAAAAAAUACUGGAGAGGUUGGGAAAGAACCCAAGAAGAUUUGAAGCAAGAGCAGGACUCGAUUGAGGAUGUAGCCAAGCGCCUGUGCUGGAAGAAAGUGGUUGAAAAGAAUGAUCUUUCCGUUUGGCAAAAGCCUAUCAACCACAUGGAAUGUGUUAGAAGCAGGAAGAUCUAUAAAACUCCACACAUUUGCAAGUCAGACAACCCAGAUGCUUCAUGGUACAAAGACAUGGAAGCUUGCAUAACCCCAUUGCCAGAGGUAAGCAGCUCAGAUGAAGUUGCUGGUGGUGCAGUGGAGAAAUGGCCAGAGCGUGCAUUUGCGAUUCCUCCCAGAGUUCUUAGUGGUUCAAUACCAGGCAUCAAUGCUAAGAAAUUCAAGGAGGAUACCGAACUGUGGAAGGACAGAGUAUCACAUUAUAAGCACAUAAUUAGCCCCCUGACGCAAGGGCGAUAUCGGAAUGUGAUGGACAUGAAUGCCUACCUUGGUGGAUUUGCUGCUGCCCUGUUGAAGUAUCCAGUGUGGGUUAUGAAUGUGGUGCCUGCCAAUUCAGACCACGACACACUUGGUGUGAUCUUUGAACGAGGGUUUAUCGGGGCAUAUCAGGAUUGGUGCGAGGCAUUCUCGACAUACCCAAGAACAUAUGACCUCAUCCAUGCCGGUGGAGUGUUCAGUAUAUAUCAGGACAGGUGUGACAUCACGUACAUCCUGCUAGAGAUGGAUAGAAUUCUGAGGCCAGAAGGGACGGUUAUUUUCAGGGACACAGUAGAGGUCCUCGUUAAGAUACAGAGCAUAACAAAUGGGAUGAGAUGGAAGAGUCAGAUUAUGGACCAUGAAAGUGGACCAUUUAAUCCAGAGAAAAUCCUUGUUGCCGUCAAAACUUAUUGGACUGGUCAAGCUUCUCAGAAAGAACACUAGUAGAGGGUUAGUGUAAUUUUUUCUUUUCUGGGAAUCAUUUGGUUCAAUCAGAUUUUGUUCGAGAAUAUGUAAUUUUCCUAUUGAGAAGGGCAAAAGAAUAGGUUUGCUAAAACUCAUUUACUUACAUUGAAAUGGCAUAUACACCGGAAUGAGCCAAGCAAAAAUGUAUGUCCUCUAUUUGUUCGUAAUUCAUCGAUCGAUGGUCA